AUGAAUGCCAAGUAUACAUUUGGUAUCUGGUGCAAGGUACAGAAGGAGGGGAGGAGGAUGGCCUCUCAGGUGUCCACGUAUCCUAGUGGCCCUGUGCUGGCCGAGCUUUGUGCACCAGGGUUUGGUAAUCCCUUCUCACUGGGCCUAGCCCUGCACAAGCAGAAAAUUCCUGACAAGAAUGAUGUCAUAGAGGUAGGAGAAAAAAGAGAAAGAAGAAUAGGAAGCUUUCAUUUCCAUUCACCAGAUGCAUAUUACUAUGGGCCAGGCCCUGGACUAGAUGUUGGAGAUACAGAGAUGAAUAAGGUGCUGCAGGGAUUGAAUGUGUCUCGGUCGGAUAUUGUUACUGGACUCAAGCGAGGUGUUCCGUCAGUGUUUCCAGACGCCGGGAGACCGCUGCAGCUUGGGCGGGUCUUCAGCUUGCACAACUACCGGCAGCAGCAGCAAAGGAUGAACGGAGCUCUAGGAAAGGUGCUGUGUCCAAGGAAUGAUACCAUUUUUAAGCAAGUCUUUUCUCUCUUAAGAUUCAGAACUUCAGGAGAAAAUCCCAUCUGUUCUGCAGGUGGCAUUCUGUUGAGCACCAGUCGGCACUACAAGACGAAGCCUACCCAUGGCAUUGGAAGAUAUAAGCACCUAGUUAAAGCCCAGGAGCCCAAGAAGAAGAGAGGAAAAGUGGAAGUGAGACCCAUUAAUUUGGGAACAGAUUAUGAAUAUGGGGUUUUAAACAUUCACCUGACUGCAUACGACAUGGCCCUGGCAGAGAGUUAUGCCCAAUAUGUUCACAACCUCUGCAACCAUCUAUCCAUUAAAGUUGAGGAAAGUUAUGCGAUGCCCACCAAAACCAUGGAGGUAUUGCGGCUGCAAGACCAAGGCAGCAAAAUGUUCUUGGACUCAGUUCUUACCACCCAUGAGCGAGUGGUUCAGAUCAGCGGUUUGAGUGCUACAUUUGCAGAGAUUUUCUUGGAAAUAAUCCAAAGCAAUCUUCCUGAAGGAGUCAGAUUGUCAGUGAAGGAGCACACUGAAGAAGACUUCAAAGGAAGGUUCAAAGCUCGGCCAGAACUGGAAGAACUGUUGGCUAAGUUGAACUAGCUCAUUGCAAACCCUUUCAAGCCAGGACUGGUGAUAUUGAGUGCCAAGGGGAAGAGCUUCCUGGGUGGUCAAAAUUAAGAAGAUCCUUUAGAUAUUGUAACUACCCAUCCCCACUAGCCAGGAAUGCCUCCUCUCUUAUAUGGAGGAGUGUUGCCGAUUACCACUUUCCUUUGAGCCAACCUAAGACAUCCUUCAUCUAAUAAAAAUCUGCAGCUGGUGGA